CUAAGUAAGGGUAUUUUCACAUUACUAUACACCGUAGUAUCAAUUACUUCUACUAUCUCUCCUGUGGGCGAUUUAGGCGGUGGAAUUGCUUGCCACAUAGGCCCAGAACGAGGCCCACCACAGUUAAAAGAUUUACUCAUUUUAUCCUCUCGCCGAUCGAUAAAAGCUGUUGCUGCUGCUGCCUGUUGGUGUGGUUGGGGAGGUGGGGGGAGAGGUCUAUGCAAAAAUGGGGUGGGUGAUACUGUCCGAACUGGUGAUGCGCAAAAACUCGUCACAGGCGGACUACGGGUACCGGGACACGGUUGACGUAGGUCUACUCAGGGGAGAUAUUCUGGGAAGUCGAUCAAUAAAUUGAGUCUGAGGGAGGGCAGGUGUAUGGCGAUAGUUAAUCGAUGAUUGUUGUUGAAAGGAUAUCUGAGAAUUCGGUGGUGUUGGCUGAGAUGUCUCACCAUCUGGCCAAUAAAUUCCAGGAGGAGCUGAAUUGAGUUCAUUUCUAUCCGACCGGCUAUUAGUUCGGCGAACUACUGAAGCUUUUAGCCUCUCAAUUUGAGCUGCAGACGACUCUGAGUAAUUCGCUUCCCGAUGUUCGGGAAUUCUGGGCAAAUACCCACCACUGUUUUGAGAUACUGGGGGCUGAUAGACAGUACUAUCAUUAGUAAGGUCAUAGACAGAGUCAUUUCCGAAGCUCACGUCGAGUUGAGCCCUAUCAUUGAUCUCAGGGUCAUCAACUUGUCCACUGGCGAUUCUGAGAGCCUGUUCCAAAGAGCUCACACCUGGAGAACGGACUUUGCUACCUAUAGGAGAGUGACUAGGGGAUAA